AUGCCUAGAAUCAACUCCCUAGAAGUAAAAAUAAUAAUGAUGAUUAAAUCAAUAAAAAAGUUGCCUUUUUUUACCCCUCACCCUCCCACCAUUCAUCAUCCCGGCCAUCAUCCCUCCCCAUCCCAUCUAUUAAACCUUCUGCAAAGGUGAAGUCCUCAACUUCGACCCUCUCCUCCUCCUCCUCCUCCACCUCAAUUCUUCGUGCUUUAUCACUCGCCGUUGCCUUUGGUGCUGUCUUUCUGCAAUUCUUCAUCAAUCCGUUCAUACCGACACCGACCCCCCCAAACUUGAGGAGUAGUCCGACGAGUCCGACAAGGCUGGUGGCCAGUGAUAUAUUCGGGUGUCAGAGUACAAGCGCUGCAGAGAAAUCCGUACGGAGUGACAUAGUUUGCCCCCGAACUGGUCACGAGGAAAUUUUCCUGAGGGAGCGUUCAUUGUUGUCGUGGUCUGGGGAAGAGGCUCUUGACGUUGCGUCGCCAGAGAAACAAUCUGGAAAGGAAGCCUCUGAAACUGGGCCCCCUCCAUCUGCGACCAAGAAGCCACGUGCUGCCUCUCAUAAUCCUGACGUGAUUUCUCCCGGCUCUCUAACCUCGUCGGAGAGCAUUUCCUUGUUCGAGUAUACUUCCAAAAUCACUGCACAACAAACUCUAGAUAGCGGUAUGUCGCUUGUGGAGAAGGCUACGGAAAUUGCGGGGGAGCUUGAGUACUCCCCCGAGCAGGUUCGUAGAGGCGUAACGGAAUUUUUGAGGCUGAUGGGUGAGUUUAUUGUUACCGUCUGGUCCAGACUUUUUGCUCUCUUCGUUUUUUUGCCUGCGUUUGCUAAUGGUAGGAUAGACGAUGGGUUACAGAACGAUGGAAGGGAUAUGACGAUGAUCCCAACAUACGUUACUAGCGUUCCUAAUGGAACCGAGAAGGUAAAAAAUUCUCCCCAGAUUCGGUGUUUGGGUCCAAUCGGAUGCUCGAUGUUUUGCGUGGCGCCUCGUUUCAUGUGCUCGAGUGUGAGAAGGGAAUGCAUUUUUGACCGAUUCCCGCCCAAGUGUGGCUUGUAAUUGGGCUGGCGUGUGCAUCAAUAUUUCACAGCGCUGAUCUAACUGGGUAUAGGGAGUCUAUCUUGCUGUCGAUCUCGGCGGUACCAAUUUUCGUGUUUGUUCGGUGGUCUUGAAUGGAGAUACCACCUUUGAUCUCACACAGUCCAAGGUUGCUAUCCCGAAAGCCUUGAUGGUUUCCGACUCCCACUCGCUCUUCUCGUUCCUUGCCAAGCAGGUUGCCGAUUUUGUCGAAACGCAUCAUUCGGAUCACUUCUCCGAGGACCCAGAGCACCAUUUACGCCUUGGAUUCACUUUCUCCUUUCCUGUUGACCAGAAAGCCAUUAACAAGGGCUAUCUCAUUCGGUGGACCAAGGGCUUUGAUAUUCCCGACGCUAUUGGCAAGGACGUUUGUGCCCUACUCCAGAAUGAAAUUGAUGCUCUAGGCCUCCCUGUCAAGGUUGCUGCCCUGGUCAAUGACACUGUUGGAACCCUUAUGGCUAGAUCCUACACAUCACCGGGAAAAACCGGUACACUGCUCGGUGCGAUUUUCGGAACUGGAACCAACGGGGCCUAUGUGGAGAAGCUCGAUCGCAUAACUAAGAUGACUUCUGCGUCUGCCAAAGAUGUUGGUGAAUACGACACUUCAACCGGCGAGAUGGUUGUCAACACUGAAUGGGGAAGCUUUGAUAAUGCUGUAAACGUUCUCCCCGACUCGCCUUACGACAGGUUGCUUGACCAGAAUUCGGUCAACCCUGGGAUCCAGAUGUUCGAGAAGCGUGUCAGUGGGAUGUUCCUUGGAGAAAUUCUGCGAAAUGCGAUUCUUUCGAUGAAGCAGGAUGUAGGGCUGUUUGCUACCUCUACUAUUGCGGAAGAUUCUGUUCUGAAUACCCCCUGGAGCAUAGAUACCUCUUUGCUAUCUUACAUAGAAGCGGACUCGACCGAGGAUUUCUCCGUCACCAAGGAACAACUGCAGAAAGACCUGGGAAUUUCUGCCUCCACAAUUUCCGAUGACGAAGCCCGGGCAGCUAAAAUUCUUGUUCACGCAAUCGGUAAACGAUCGGCCCGUUUAUCCGCCGUGCCAAUUGCAGCUAUUGUUAUCGCGACGGGCAAACUCUCGCCGCCUGCCCAGGCUCCGAUUGAUGAUCUUGGCUUGAAGGACCUGUCACUUGUAGGACAGGGAAUUGAAAUACUGAGGAGAGCAAUUGGGGGGAGAUCACCAGCCGAUCUAUCGGCCGACGCGCCACUACCGGAUAUCCAGGAUGAGGAGCCGAUUGAUAUAGGUGUUGACGGUAGCGUUGUGGAGUUCUAUCCCGGUUUCGAAGAGUACGUUAGGGAGGCCCUGAGAGAUGUUCCCGAGUUUGGAGAGAAAGGCGAGAAGCGGAUUAGGAUGGGGGUUGCCAAGGACGGUAGUGGGGUUGGGGCUGCCUUGAUUGCAUUGGUAGCGAAGAUGCAAUAUUCUCAGUGAUCCGAAGGACAAUAUUUCUUGUCAUUUCUUUGCUUCUUUUCGUGGGCUUUUCACUUUCCCCUUUCCCUGGUUGUGUAGCGGAGUAUGUGUACGAGUACAAGUACUAUUGGGCUUUUCACCCUUGUCGGAUUCGCACCGUUUUGAUUGGCUCCUUGUUUACCGCAAUGGUAUGUACAUCAAGUCACGAGUUACUGACUCUCACCCCCCUUUUCCUCUUUCUCAAUUGUUUUAAAAUAUGUAAGUUUUUUGUAUGGCUAUAUUAAAUAUGCGAGAUCUGGUUAU